AUGUCACUUACAUCAACAAAUUCUUCAUCAAAUUUUUCAUCGCGUGGUGUUCGUUUAAGAAGUGAAUUUUUAACAUUGGAAUAUGUCAAUAAUAAACCACUUUUUAAGUCAAUACGUAAAUCGACUUCAUUUUUACACAAAAUGGGAAUCCAAAGAAGAGAUGGACAUUUUCUCAAUAUAGAAGAAACUUUAUAUUUAUCAGAAAUUGGUGCUGCAAUUGUUGUUGAUCAAAAAGGGAAACAAUUAACAAUUCCUCAAUUAUAUAAAAUUUUGGGGAAUUUACGUGUUUCUUUAUUAAAAUAUACAGUCUUUACCCAAUUAAUUAGAGCUGGGUAUAUUGUUAAAACACCCAAGAAAAAUCAAGAAAAUAAUAACCAGUCUUCUUUUGGGUAUUCAGUUAAAAUGAGAACUUUCCAAUUUCCUAAAGAAUUAAUGGAUCAGUUCCCUCAUGUUUAUUCAACCAAACCCUCAUCAGGCCCCCUUUCUCUUCGUCUUCAUCUUCCACAAAUAAAUACUCAAUCUGGAAUAACUCAUUUAUUUAUGUCUGAUAUUGAAAGUGAACAUAUUAGAAUUUUAGAUUUAAAUACAAAAAUGGCAGAAAAAAUAAAAAAAUCAGAAUUUCAAUUAAUUUCAAAUAUUCGGCGUUUUGACAGAGAACCUUGGGAAUGUUUAAGACCUAGAUACUGGCCUAAUUUUAAUUGUUUAAGUUCUUGUGAAAAUUGGAAAACUUAUCAAAUAAGAAGGGAAGCAAUAAUUUCAAAUAGAAGAGGAAAUAAAAGAGGGAGAAUGAGGGAAGAUGAGGAGGAGAGAAAUAAUAGAGAGCCUGGCUAUGAUUAUGAAUUGUUUAGUAAAGGUGCUACUAACAGAGCAAUCUACAAAGUUUUGGUUGUUGAUGACCGUUUCCCAUCUGGCCAUCCAAACUUUGCUGAACUUCAAUAUUUAACUGAAUCACCUAAAUAUUCGAAUAAUGAAGAACAAAAAAUAAAUAAUUUUAAUAAUCAUUUACUUCCACCUCUUCUAGUUGCUAGUGGUUCUCCAAAUUGUUUAAGAUUUAUACAAAUUCAAAAGGGAGAUCCUUUAAAUAUUUGUUUGCCUCAGAAUGAUUUUACAGAAUUUGAUAAUUUAUGUUAA